GCAAGCCAAAUAACAUGGAGUCCAGUGUCUGGCAUCUUCCAGGGAUCCAUGCGAAAAACCUGAGCAGCGAUUAAAAGAGCAACUUUGUCCCCAGGAGCGGCGAAAGCCUCCGCGGGGCGUCGAGUCGGAGCGUAAAGGCUUCAGUUCCGUCCUUAAACUAUGACGAAGGGAGCUUAAACAGCCUGCUUCCUCUGCGAGCCGCAAACCAGGCCGAUUUCUAAGAAGAGGAGACAGCACAAUGUAGGCCGGCUGGUCAUCAGUGGGACUCCAUACUGAUCUCUGGGGGACCAUGGAGCCAGGAGGGCAACCCCGCACCCCAGGGACCAGCUAUGGGCUCCCAGCCUUUGACUCCGCACAAAAUUCUGACUCCUUCCUCAGCUGCACCUUACAGUCCUCAUGUUCUCCAGACGUGAGCGAUGGCCCCAUGUCUGCCAAACGCUCCUGGACCCCGGCUGGAGAUGAGGGCCCCGAGAAAGCUGAGGCCUCAGACCCGGGGAGGAGCGCACAGAGGAGAUUCAGGUCCUCAGCCUUUCCCUCCUCCCUAAGCUGGGACUCUGACUCUGAGAAGGAAACACUCGAUGAGGAGGAGCUACAGCACUUUUCUAACCCUCAUGGUCUAGCUGCUCACAGCCCAGGAUCUCCUUCUGCUGGACUCAGACUUGAUAGUGAAGAGGACCAAGAGCCUGAAAAAUGGCCACUUCUGCACAGCAAAACUGACUCACCAGCUCCUGAAGAGGAGCACAAUAUCAACAACAACAAUGAGAGCACAAAGACAGACGAGCCAAAUACAUCCCAGCUCUGCCAAACAGAAUUGUCAGACAGCAAAGUCUGGAAUGUAUCUGAGGGAGCCGAGCUGUUUCUGUCCAAAGUUAAACCAAAGGACGGUUGCCAAACAGACGAGAAAGAGGAGGAGGAGGAGGCAGACAAUAGAGAGGACGAGAAAAAGCCCAGGGGAAAAGAAACUAAGGAGCCGGAGAGAGAUGUGUACAGCUUCCCUGGAGACUCAGACCCUGAGAGCCCCCCUCCUGCACCCUGGGCUCAUUGCACAUUCAUCCAGCGGUGCAGGAAGAAGAGGGUGCUGCUCAGGCCUUUCUCCGGUCUCGGCACCUUAAAACGCUCUUCAUCUGCGAGCGGCAAACGGGCAAGAGCGAGUCCUCAGAAAUCUGCUGAUCCGACUCAGCUGGACGGAGGUGGAGGGGUUUACGAUUUUGAGGGUUUUGAAGCAGUGGAUGAACCAAUUAAAUUCAGAGACAGAGGAGGGAAGGAAGACGAAGAGAGCGGGGUCAUGCAAGGUAAAGAAAUCUUCACUUGUGUUGAAUGUAGCAUUUACUUCAAAAAGCAGCAGCACCUGCAGGAGCACAUGGUCGAACACUGUCAGAAAGACACAGAUGGAGGAGGAAAUUCGGAAAAAGACGGGCGAUUUCAGUGUCUGGAGUGUGGAUGGAAUCUGCCAAGUCGCCUGGAGCUGGCGGACCACCACAGACGUCACCAGGAGUCCCGCGUGAAGAUCCUGGAGGAGAUUGAGAAGCUGAACGAGAGCGGUAAUGGUGCGGCGGUGAAGCAUUUAAGCUCAGACUUAGACGUUACACAAGAUGCAGGAACAACCUUGAUUACAGGCAAAUUGUCAGACCCAGAAAUAGUCACGUCUCCACCUCUUUCCCCACUUUCUGCAGCCGCUCUCGACUCUGACGCAACUCCUCCAAACUCAGCUCGAGCUGCAGCGCAGGCCCGCCGCCGCUUCGUCUGCACCAAGUGUAACUUCAGCACAAGGACCCCGCAGGCACUCGCCAAUCACUCCAAAACCCACAACAGAAAAAAACAGGCUCCCAAGGCUGACCCCGGUUCAUCGUCAUGCACUCUCUCCUGUGGUCUCUGUGCCUUUCAGACCUCGAGUCAAGCUCUAAUGAGGGAGCACCAGAAACUCGCUCACCAAGGACAUGUCAGCGGGUCGCAGGGUGAUGAAACCAGGCAGGUUUCGAGGUCUAAGGUCAGUGUUCGGUUUUCAAAGAGCAGCCAAGAUUCGGACCAUCUCUCUGGGUCGGAAUCAGAAACUCCCUUCAAUGUAUCUUCCGGCAAAAGCCAGGAAAAAGUGAGUGACUCUGAGGACUGCACGAUAACGGACAUCACUGCAGCACCGCCGAAGAGCCAGGUGGUCUUCAAGUGCGUGAGGAACCGGAGGUUCAGCCGCAGAGGGAAGACCUGGACCAGUAUGGUCAAGUUUCAUCCAAAUGCAGCGGAUGCUGAAGGGGUUCACAGGAAUGAUGAAGACAAGGAACAGGACAGAGAUGAGACUGCAGAGACUUCCCAACGUGAAGCAAACUCACCUGCGGAGGUGAAGCAGUCCAACAGAGCACGACUAAGCAAUGAUGAAUCCAUUGCAGAGCAGAGUGCUUCUCCUGAGAAGAGCGAGAAGAAGGAAGACGAGCUGGACGUAAAGAAAGACGGGAAAGUUUUCUUCCUGAGGAGGAGACACCGUGUUCCUGAGGCUCCCAUAGAGAUCGACAGCGAUGACGACGAGGACGACAUCGACGAGGAUAGCGUGCGACAUUUCCUCUCAGAGGACGUCCUGGAUGAAGACGACGAGGACAUGGAUGAAGAAGCAGAGACGAUGAAGAGCGUGGAGAGGAAAUGCCCCUACUGCCCUGAUCGAUUUCAUAACGGCAUCGGGCUCGCCAACCACGUGAGAGGACACCUGAACCGAGUGGGCGUCAGCUACAACGUACGUCACUUCAUUUCCCCUGAGGAAGUCAACGCAAUCGAGAAGAAGUUCUCCUAUCAAAAGAAGAAGAAGAAAGUGGCUAAUUUUGACCCGGACACGUUCAGCGUCAUGCACUGUGAGUUCUGCAGCGCCGGCUUCGACACCCGGGCCGGCCUGUCCAGCCACGCCCGCGCCCACCUCCGUGACUUCGGCAUCACCAACUGGGACGUCACCAUCUCGCCCAUUCACAUCCUGAGGGAGCUGUUCUCAAGCCGGCCCGACCUCGCCAUCCCCACGGAUCCUCCGAAAGAGGAAGGGGACGAGGGGGAGGACGAGGAGGAUGAGGAGAAGGAAGCAGAGGAGGAAGAGGGGGGAGUCAUCGAGGUGAAGUUGGAGGGGGAGAUGAGUGAAAUGACGCCGAGCGCUGAUGAUGAUGAUGAUGACGCAGGUUCUUCAGCGUCUCCUCAGCACUGCAAGAAGGAAGACGUCGAUGAAGAGCCUGAAGGUGAGGAGGACGGUACAGCUGAAGACGAGCAGGAUGGUGUGAGCCCGGGGAAAGCAGCGCUGUGCAGCGUGGACUCAGACAGCCCCUCUCCUGGGGAGGAUGCAGACUCUAAGGUCCACAGCUUGAAGUGUGAGGUGUGUGGAGCUCGGUUUGAGACCAAGCGAGGACUGUCUAUCCACGCCCGCUACCACCUUCGCCGGCUUGGCAUUGGUGUUUCAGAGAACAGCGGAGCCGCCAUCACCCUUCUCCACCAGAUCGCCAAGGAGCAAAACAUCAAGAACCGAAGCAGCCCGGUAUCUGUGCCUCUGUCAGCCAAGAACUCCUCCCCGACUGCUUCACAGAAAGAUGAGGUGUUAGACGACAUGGACGUGGACGAGAAGCCCAUCCCCCUUUCCAUCCUGGCCAAAGCCGCCAAGUCUGCGCCCCCUUCUUCCUCGUCCACGCCAACGUCUUCUCCAGGUGCCUCUCCGGCCCCGCCUCACUCUGGGUCACCUCCCUCGGUGGUGAGGAAAGCCCCCAUUUCCUCUCUGCUCCCCGUGUCUUCCCCCUUGCGCUCUCCGGAGCACAAGGCUGGGGGAAUGAAAAGUUUGACCGCCAGUCUCUCUUCGUCCAUCACGACCAAGCCACUCUGGGCCCCGGAGGACGACGAUGCUCCUCUCAAUCUCACUCUGGACGUCGACCCAAACAAAGACAUCGUGUGCCAGCUGUGCGGUGCCUGGUUUGAGACUCGUAAAGGUUUAUCCAGCCACGCCCGAGCCCACCUGCGGCACUUCGGCGUGGAGUACUCUGAAUCCAAGGGCUCUCCCAUCGACCUCCUGCACCAGCUCAUGGACAGCGAUGACUUCAAGCACAAAGCGGGAUCGCUGCCGCUUGAUGACCACACAGAACCACACGGCCUCACCUCCACCCUCUCCUCCCCGAAGCACUCCUCCCUGCUGAACCUCUCCUCCUCUUCCUCCACCUCUUCCUCCCUCCUCUAUAAGGUGACCACGGCGGGGGGUGGGUCCACAUCCAAAGCUACCUCUUCCUCUGCCUCGGCGUUACUGGGCCCACCCGCCAAGCGUCCCAAAUCUUCCUCCAUGAGGGUCUUCCGCCUGAGCAACGGGGAGCUCAUGGCCCUGCCACACAAUGAACCUCCAAAGGAAAUCGGCUGUGAGUUCUGUGGCGAGUACUUCGAGAACCGUAAAGGCCUCUCCAGCCACGCCCGCUCCCACCUCCGUCAGAUGGGCAUCACCGAGUGGUCCGUCAACGGCUCUCCCAUCGACACCCUGAGGGAAAUCAUCACCAGACGGGGUCUGCCUUGUGCUCUUCCUCUAAAACCUCUAAAAACUCCUCCUCCGUCCUCCCCCGGACCUCCUCGCUCCCCUCUGUCAGCCUCCUCUUCCCCCUCUGCCUCCCUCCUUGGUCGUCUACCCUUCGCCUUCGCACGCCCUUCCAGUCCUCCUCCUUCCGCCGCUUCUAAAUCCAGCUCAGCCCCGCCGGCGGCGUCCAGCGGACUGAUCCUGAAGCUGAAGCCCGAGCCGGUGCAGUUGGAGGUCACGGCGCCCGGAGCUGUGGGGAAGUCUGCAGGACUCACCAGUGAACCCCUCGGCUGGAGCAACUCUGACAGCGUGUUCCCUCUUAACCUGGCCAUGUCCAACGACGUGGAGCCGACUCGGGACAUCCGCUGCGAGUUCUGUGGCGAGUACUUCGAGAACCGUAAAGGCCUCUCAAGCCACGCCCGCUCCCACCUCCGUCAGAUGGGCAUCACCGAGUGGUCCGUCAACGGCUCGCCCAUCGACACCCUGAGAGAGGUUAUGCACAAGAGAAGGGCCGGCCCCUCCUCCGUCUCGGACCAGGGGGUGAAGAAGGAGUCGAGCCAGGGAGCGAACAGUCCUCCGUGGGAGACCACGGCGAGCUUCAGCAGCUCUGAGGGUCACAGCGUUUCAGCCUUCCAGUCCUCCAAAUACAGAAAAUCUCCUCUGAGUUUGUUACAGUCGGGGUCUCGACUCCACAAACAGGGUCUGACGUCUGUUAGCGCAUCUGGAGGGAAGUUCUUCUCCAGGAUGUCGACGCUGGGAAAACGGCCGCUGUCAGAGGAGAGCCAAUCAGCAGGGACCGGCCAGUCUCCGACACAUCAGCUGAAGACUUUCUCACCUGUGCCGCAUGACUACUCCUACAAGAGGAAACCCUCCCCGGAUAAACCCGGACACCAGGAUCCCAGCUGUGAGCUGUGCGGCUUCUUCUUCGAGAACCGUAAAGCUCUGGCCAGCCACGCGCGAGCCCACCUGAGGCAGUUCGGUGUGACCGAGUGGUGCGUUAAUGGCUCCCCCAUCGAGACGCUCAGCGCCUGGAUGCGCAGCAGGCCUCAGAAGGUGUUGGAGAUGCAUCGUAGCUACAUGCAGGGCAGCCGCUCCACCCUGAAGAAGAAGUCCUCCUCCUCCCAUUGGUCCUCCUCAUCUUUGGCUGUCGGUCUGGUGCGGCCGCUGAGUCGUGAGGUCAGCCACAGCUCUUCCAAGACGGCCGAGGAUGACGCUGAUAACAACCUGCAGGGCUCUUCCAUCAGAUCUGGAGGCAGCAGUCCCAGUCCAUCACGGCUCGCCGGUGGCCUCCCGCUGCAGGCACAGGUGGCACGCAGUGAGCUCAACGUCCGCCUGCCCAGAGGUUUUGAACGUCGGCCGUUGAAGCACCCGUCUCUUUCUGAAGGAACAGAGAGGGACAGCGGCCCCCCGAAGCCUCCACGCACAAGCACCGUCCCCGCCCUGGUGCCCAAACCCCCGUCCUACCCGCUGGUCAAACUGGUGGGGAAGUUCUACACCCUGAAGUGCCGGUUCUGCGAGGUGGAGUUUCACGGCCCGCUGUCGGUGCAAGAGGACUGGAUCAGACACCUCCAGCAGCACAUCCUCAACAUGAACUACAACAAGCCUGCUGCUCCUAAAGAAGCCUCCGCUGGCCCCCCCGCCUCGACCGAAGACGCCCCCGCCCCGGUCCAGGCCUCCACCUCUACCUCCAGCACCGCCUCCACCCCGACCCGCACCUCAGCUCCUAACAGCAGCUCCCCCACGCCUCCUUCCGAGUCUGCUCCGCCUUUCACUGCCACAAAGAUUGUAAAGGUCUCUGAGGAGCAGCCCGCCCCGUCUCCGGCUCCACUCCCCCUCCCCGCCCAGACGGUGUGAGCUCAGAGUCGUUCCUCCAUCGCGCCUCCUUCAGUUUUUUUUUUUUUCUUUCUCGUCCAUCUGUUUCUUUCCUUCGGCCUUCGCAGAGUGUUGUCGAGGAGGAGUGUUUGCCCUCCAAAGAGCCCUCUGAGCACCUUUGAAGCAGCUUUCCAGACUGUUACUAAGUCCCGUUACCAUGGGAACCAAGCUCUCCUGGCUUACCUGUGCACCAGGGACAGACGAUUGUGGGAAGAGUCCAAGGUUAUGAGACGAAAAGAACCAAUGAUUUGUUGUUUUUUUUGCCUUGUUUCGAUUGAAUGUCCAGGUGAUUGUGGGAACAGUUCACUGGCUGAUUCAAGCGUUAAUGUAGCCCUUUAUCAAACACCCUCCUCCCCAUUUUUAUUACAUUUAUGCCCCCUCUCUCCCCUUGUUCCCCCGUUAUUUACCCUCCUUAGACCAAAGAGAGUCUGACCACUUCUGUCAGUACACUGGUAGCUGUGGUUUUAGCCUCUCGCACUGCAAAAACUCCAGUCUAAGCAGGCAUAUCUGUUAACAUAUCUCAUCACUCUUAAUCUAAAGCUCACUCACCUGACCAGCCAAGAUAAACCCCUUAUUUCAAGGAAUGAAGAGAAAAAAAAAUAAGACCUGAAUGCAAUUUUCAAAUUGCAGGAGAUGCAAAGAUUAAUUUAAAGUACCAUUUUACAACCCAAAUUCCAAAAAGUUGGGGAGCUGUGUAAAAUGUAAAAAAAAACUGAAUGCAAAUCUCACAAACCCAUAUUUUAUUAACAAUAUAACGUGAUAAAAACUGAGAAAUUUUACCAUUUCAUCCAUUUGCUGAAAGGAAUAAGAUUUGCAUUGCUUACUUUUUAUUUGCAUGCUACACAGCGCCCUAACUUUUUUGGAACUGGGGUGGUGAUGUAAGUAUUUUGCAGCAGAGACGAUGCACAUUUGGAACACAGAUGUAAGCCAAACUAACUCCAACUACCAUGAUUCAGUGAAAGGCAACUCCCUCUCCCUUUGUUUUUGCAGAAAUUGCAAAGUAACGUACUCAUCAGCUGUUUGUACACUUUCAAAAAAAUUUUUCUUUUAAUUUAAGACGAGAAUUAUGGUAAAAAUGUCGCAUUUUGUCACAAAUCAUCAAAAUCAAAGCGUAAGUCAAAAUAAUCACAACUCAGUGUUUUUUCAGAAAUACUUCAUGGCAACCAAGGCUUUAUUUUUUUCUCCAUAUGCCUUGAAAUAAAACUUCUAUCUGGACUCUUUGGGUGAAUGUGGCUUAUGCUGAGGUCUGACUACACUAUGGUGGUGACUUUUGCUGGUCUUAACCACUUGACAGACUAAACAAUGGUCCCUGACCAUCAUGACUUUACAAAAAAAUGUUUUUUUAUUUUGAUUCAAGAAAUUCAAAAUCUAUAGAAGCCCAUUUACGCCAAAUAAAGGAAAAAAUGCACAAGUAAGGUAAUUCUUGGAAAAAAAUCUAAGUCAUAAUUGUGAGAUUAAAAUUGAUAACUAUGACUUUAAAAAAAAAGUCAAAAUUAUAAGAUAAAAAAGUCAUAAUUGUUGUAUAAAAAGUCAAAAUUAGUAGUUUAAAAUUAUGAGAUAAAAAAAGUCAUAAUUAUGAGAUAAAAGAGUUGAAAUAAUGGGAUGAACAAAUUUAAAAUUAUUGGGAAAAAAUUCGAAGUUAUGAGAUAAAAAAAUUAUGGGAUUGAAAGUCAUAAUCCAGAGAUAAAAAAGUCGAAAUUUUGAGAUAAAAAAGUCGAAAUUUUGAGAUAAAAAAGUCAUAAUUUUGAGAUAUAAAAGUCUCUAUUUUGAGAUUAAAAUCCUGAAAUUAUGAG